AUGGCCAGAUCUGAUGACAGUUCGAUCAACACACUGUGCAGCAGAACUGAAGAACCAGUGAUUUGCAGGGCAUGCCUGCAAGCAGAUCCUAACAGCAAGUCAGCAGAUGGCCAAGGGCUGGCCCUCAUGGCCAUUUCCUGCGCAGAGAGGGACACAACCUUUCUGCAUGGAGACACAUUCAAUCUUCUUCAGAAUGCUACAGGCCAUUUAAAAGGAAUCCUUGAUGAUUGUACUCAACGUUCAUUUCUAGCACAGCAAGAGUUUCUACCUGCUGCUCGCUAUGUUCAAGAAGGUCAGUAUGACAGUGCUAUAGAUGUUAUUGCAGAGGAAAUCAUCCCUUCAGUCAUGUACUGUUUGAAACUGUUCGACCAAAAUCCAGAAUGGCCAGUGCCGCAACUGGUCUUGGCCGGCACUGUGGCCUCAAACCAAACCUGUAGAAAUGCUGUUGAAAUCCUGAGAUCUAUUUGA